UGUCCUCGCACGUCUGCGUCUCCAACACCCUGCAAAUUUCUGUCUCUAGUCCAAGUUUUUCUCCAAAAGCAUGACUCUGUUUCUCUUUCUCCUUCUAUUUGCAUUCUUUAAUAAUUAAUAUUCAAUAAUUUUUUCUUUUUGAGUUUUUUAUUUUGGUUAAAUGGAGUUGCAGAGUCACCUAAUCCAAUACCCAUUUCUUUUUGUUCAACCUUGACAUCAUCCAAAGCUCCAAACUAUAAGUAUUUCCUUUCAAUCUCUUCGCCUCAAAACCCAAGUUUCUAUCAGCAAGUUCUUUAUUCAAGUUUUUUUAAAUUUAUUUACAAAAAUGUCUGCUUUAGAAAUGACCCACAUCGAUUUGGAGCAGGGGAGCCACCGCCGUUCCGUCACAGGAAGUGAUGGCACCUGCUUUUUCGAUGCAGAAGAUGGGUCUUGUUUCUCUCAGUUUUAUGGCUCCUAUGACGAUUACACUUUUGCUUGUGUAUCUGAUCCUGAGAUUAUAGCUGGUGUAGUUCUGGAUUCUCGGAGAGUAUCGUCUGUGUCUGAUUGCUCUGUGGUGGUGGAGAGUGAAAGUCGGGUAGCUGAAACAAAGAUUCAUUUAGCUAAGGUGGAGAGAGAUUGUAGGAUAUGUCAUUUGGGUCUGGAAACCAACAGCUGUGAAUCCGGGUUUCCCAUUGAAUUAGGUUGUUCUUGUAAGGACGAUUUGGCUGUUGCUCAUAGACAGUGUGCUGAGGCUUGGUUCAAGAUUAAAGGAAACAAGACCUGUGAGAUUUGCCAUUCCAUUGCUCGUAACGUGGUUGGAAUAAAUGAGAUUGAGGUGACAGAGCAGUCAAAUGAGACUAACAAUACUGUGGCUGUGGCUGCAGUCCCGGCAUCAGCACACCAUUCAGAAAUCCGAAGCUUUUGGCAUGGCCAUCGCUUCCUGAAUUUUCUGCUUGCUUGUAUGGUAUUUGCAUUUGUUAUAUCAUGGCUCUUGCACUUUAACGUCCCAUCCUCAUAGACUGGAAAAAGAAACCUUCUGAGACUGAAUCAAAAACCUACCCAACUAUAUAUAUAUUUAUAUGUAUAAAAGAAGAAGAAGAAGAAGAGAAAGAGAAUCAAAUAGAACAAAGAAUCAUUAUACAAGAGUCUGUUUGCAGAAUUCGUUGCUUUGUUGUCUUCUUGUCGAUGGAAAAAAAUAGUAGAGAGCCUCAUGGAGUCAAAAGGUAGCCAUAGUAAUACAACCUUGUUUUUAACAGUACACCAAUGGGCUUGUCAAAUCUAUAUAUACCCUCAUCACUGUGAGAGCUUGGUCUGCCUUGAAAAUUACUUUCAGUUGUAAAUGUGGCUGUGGGUGGUGGACGUUGAAUCGAUUGGCUGGAGGGUUGUAUUAUUCUGUUGAGAAAGUAUUUCCUUGGUGAAGCAAGUAUGAAAAAUUCUUGGCACGGAA